CAAUUCAAGCGCCAUUCCUAAGCCCCGCCAAAACUCGAAAUACCAAACAAGCUCCAAUUACAUUCUCCUCUCAAGUGAAAAAUAAUCGAUCACAGAGAGAGAGAGAGAGAGAUUGGCGAUGGAGGAUUUCGCUUCCGUGGUACCGGGAUCUUCCGAUUCUCAAUCUCUCCUUUCCGAACCGCCGGAUAUUAGGAAGUGGUUUUCGAGUUAUGUUUAUGAAUCCGUCCCCUUGAAUUCGUUGGCCGGGGAGAGUGAAGCCGAAGAACAUCAGCUUUGUGCGGGAGGUUCUGAUAGGGAAAAUGUCGGCGCCAAGUUUGGUUCCAACAAAGAUUGCAAGCCCAGGAAUAUGAGGCCAAGCCCGGUAGUUUGCUUUUGGCAGAACCCAGAUGGUGAACUGUCUGAAUCAAUCCCUUCUGAGCCUCCGGAUAUAGGCAAUUGGUUUUCGAGCUAUAUCUAUGAGUCACCUGUGCUGGACACGAGUGAUGGUCUUGUACUGUCUCUUCCUGGAGAAAGCGAGGAGAUAAAGGAGAAGGGAAAGAGAAAGGAAAAAGAUAAUGAGGAAACAAAAAUUGAAGGAAGCGAUAUAGCUCAUGUGGAAUUUGAGCAUGAACCCUUCUCUUCUUCUAAGGUUACAGAUUUCUCUGACCCGCCAUCCAUGCUUUCGGAGCCUCCCAAUGUUGGAAUCUGGUUUUCCAGCUAUGAGUACGAAUCUCCAGUGCUCUCUGAAACUCGUGAGCUUGGAUUCAGUUCUCCUGAGAAGGAGCAGUUAAUCAUCGAAGAGAGUGAUGCAGAGGAUGAAAAUAGUUCUGGAAUUUUCCGAAAGCCUCAUAGCAAGAAAGAGGUUAUUGUCCCUGACAGGUUAAAUAGUUCUGGAAUUGGAAGCUCCUCAGACAAAACACAUUCCGAUAGAAACUUGGAAAAGAAGCCAAGUAGAUUGUGGAACGUCUCAACAGAAGAACUGAAACAAGAAUCAAGCUUCAGCCAUGGAUCUUUUCCUUGUGAACCUAAACAGGGACCUAGCUUCCUGUUUGGUGUGAAACCCCAAUCAAGUUUGAACCAUGGAGCUUCUUUUGCUGGACUGAAACCACAACCUCUUGGAGAGAUCGCCACAGUUAACUCUGGCCAAACCCCCCCUAGAGAAGCCACUCAAAAGGCUCGCCUAUUUGAUCAUCUGGAAUCCACAACCCCAGAAUCAGACGACAAAGAAAAUGUUCACGGGCAGAGCACUGAAACUGGAUUUGUGACCACAAGAAAGGGCAGAUUCAGAGAAUCAAGAGAGGGAAAUUCUAGGACAAAGCCGGAUAGAGGAAUUCUGGUGGAGUGCUCAACAAGUAAAAGGUCAGAGAAAAUCUCCGGCGAGGGAGAUGAAGAAACUAAGAAGAGGAGAAGAGUUCUGGGAGAAACAACGAAUCUCCAGUAUUCGCGAGGCAUGGAAAUGGCUGGAAUAUGGGUUUGCCCACAGAAGAACAAGCCGAGCUUAGCUCCGCCAUUGAAGCAGCUCCGACUUGAUGCAUGGGUACAUAGAAUCUGACUCAGGAAGAAUGCUUCAUCAAACCCGUUUCGGAAAGGGCGAAGAAACACUCAUCUUGGCUUCAAGCAUUUUUUUUUUAAUCAGCCAAAAGGUUGGAAAUUAAUCUUGUGGGUUU